CGCCCUCCGAGCUCCGCCCCGCCCACCGCUCUGCUUUGCAGCGGAGCAUCUCGAGGAGACCCCGCCUCCUGCUCUGAGCACAGAGUACCCGGCCACCCGCUAAGUCUGCGCCCUACGCACCUCGGGUCCUCAGGCUCCCUGGACUGGCUUCCGCGGUCGCCAUGACGGCGGCCGUGUUCUUCGGUUGCGCCUUCAUCGCCUUCGGGCCCGCGCUCGCUCUCUACGUCUUCACCAUCGCCACCGACCCUUUGCGCGUCAUCUUCCUCAUCGCCGGAGCUUUCUUCUGGUUGGUGUCUCUUCUGCUUUCCUCUGUUUUCUGGUACCUAGUGAGAGUCAUUACUGACCACAGAGAUGGACCGAUACAGAAGUACCUGCUCAUCUUCGGAGUGUUGCUCUCUGUCUGUUUCCAAGAACUGUUUAGGUUUGCGUAUUACAGGCUGUUAAAAACAGCCAAUGAGGGUUUGAAAAGCAUAAACCCUGAGGAGACAGCACCCUCAAUGCGACUGUUGGCCUAUGUUUCUGGCUUGGGCUUUGGAAUCAUGAGUGGAGUGUUUUCCUUUGUGAACACCCUGUCUAACUCGUUGGGACCAGGCACAGUGGGCAUUCAUGGUGAUUCUCCUCAGUUCUUCCUUAAUUCAGCUUUCAUGACGCUGGUGAUCAUAAUGCUGCAUGUGUUCUGGGGCAUUGUGUUUUUUGAUGGCUGUGAGAAGAAAAAGUGGCACACCCUCCUUACAGUUCUCCUGACUCACCUGCUGGUGUCCACCCAGACCUUCCUAACUCCUUAUUAUGGGGUAAAUCUGGUGUCAGCAUAUAUAAUCAUGGUGGUCAUGGGCAUCUGGGCAUUUUUUGUUGCUGGAGGUAGCUGCCGAAGCCUGAAACUCUGCCUGCUCUGCCAAGACAAGGACUUCCUCCUUUACAACCAGCGCUCCAGAUAACCUCUGACAGUCAGCACCUCCAGACAGCAGCCUGGAUGCAUGUUUGGAGGCACAGCUGUGCCCUUUUCUAAAAACCCUUUCUCCUGGAACACAGAAGCAGCAGACUAUCUAGCCUGCACCUGUCCCUGAGCUUUCACACAGCAGCCUCUGGAAGAGCUGCAGUGUGGCCUGCAGCCUGGCUGCACCUUUGAGGCAUCUGGGGAAGCAAAGACUGAUGCUUCUGAAUUUCCCCUCCAGAUCUGAUCAUCCUGGGUGUGCAGUGCAGCUGAGAACCACUGGGGUCCACUGGGAAGUUCUCAGAACACCCAAGGAGAAUGAGGUGUGGUAUUUAACUGUCUCGAAGUCAACUCCUGCUGAGCAAGUAAAUUUCUGGAUGUAGUAA